AUGAGAACACUGAGUUUUAUACCUGGUUCUGCUUUGCUUGCACUUUGUUCUACAACAAUUCAAGCUGUGGUUCAUAAAGGUUUCAACAAUCCCAUAUUGAAUGGUGGGAGUAUGUUAGCUUAUGGUGAUUGGCCACCUGCAUUGGGAGAGCCACUAAACAUCAUAAUCUCCAAUCAAUCUGACCCCAGAGUUCUAGUAGAAACAAUGCAAGAAGGAGGUUUGUAUAACUACCUAGAAGGUGCUGGUUUUGGGGGAGAAUGUUUUGGCUUGCAUAUGGGAGAUAAACAACACUGUGACUUAGGUGAUGGUUACAAAAAUCAAACCCAAAGAUGUAUCCUCAGGUACCAAUACUUUCAUAACGAAUACCUUGGUACAUGUUUAGAGAGUAUCUAUGGUGGAAACCACAUCAGGGUCUUCAAGCAAGAGGACACUGGAGCUUACUUCUUAAGCUCUUCUGCAGAAAUGGACAGUCAAAGUAAUCAUGACCUGGGAAUGAAUGCGUAUGAUUCUGGAAGAGGUCAAUCAACUUCACAUACAACUUUUACAGGUGAAAUUACCAAGAGAGGCUGGAGAUAUAUGACUCAAAUUGAAUACAUAGAUGAUUUGGUGCCAGCUAACAGAACUAAAUGGAACCACUAUACUGGGGUCCAGGCAGUUGGUGGUUACAUCUCUGACGGAUUGGUAGCUGUAUUGACAGUGAGGGUAGUGAAAGAUUCUUCUAGCUUUAGCAGAGAUAUGUGGUCUGCAUUUGGGCUGUAG